AUGAACUCUACAAACUGUGCUGCGUCUGUUGACGCCUCCUUUGGUCCAUUUGUUCCUCCUGAAUGCCGCCAUGGCUUCGACUUUACCCUUGUCUUUGAACAGUCCAUCCUUGUGCUUUUACCAGCCUCUCUUCUUCUUGUUAUUGCCCCUUUUCGUAUCUUCCACCUCCGAAACGCUCCAGCUAAAGUUGCGGGUCAUCUUCUUCGCUCUGUCAAGUUGGCGCUUAUUGCUCUCUUGGCUGUGCUUCAUCUUGUUCUCGUCGUGCUCUGGGCAACUAUGACUCGCCCUUCCAACACGCGUCUAGACCGCGUCUCCAUUGCUGCUGCAUGUGUAUCCUUUGCCUCAAGUUUGGUGUCAUGUGUCCUCUCCCGCGCCGAACAUGCCAAGUCUCCUCGUCCAUCUUCGCUCUUGAAUGUCUUCUUCGCCGUGUCUUUGUUUCUGGAUGUUGCGCUACUUCGCACCCUCUGGCUUGUUCCCAUCAACGUGGCCAUUCAGGCUGUUUUCACGGCGGCCUUUAUACUCAAGGCGAUGCUCGUCGUCGUUGAAGGGUGGAGCAAAGCUCCGUAUCUUGUCUCUGGCUCCGGGUUUCACUCACCCGAAGUCACGGCCGGGCUUUAUGCCCGGGCUGUUUUCGCCUGGGUGAUGCCGUUGCUGUUGACGGGCUUUCGAAAAUUACUACGGCCGAUGGAUUUACUAGAGUUGGAUGAGGAGAUGGGCUCGGCACAGUUGACCGGCAGGUUCUGGAGUCAUUGGAAUAGGCACAACCAAAAAGUUCCGGCCCGCAAGCAUCGUCUCAUUCUUUGCUGCAUCACCACUCUACAAUGGCCUAUUGUUGCCGUUAUUGUUCCUCGACUGGCGCUUCUUGCAUUCACUGUAUGCCAGCCGCUCAUCCUCAACCGGCUCCUUGUGUUUCUUGGCGAUGUAUCUCAGCCAAUCAACAUUGGUCAUGGUCUCAUUGCAGCAUACGGUCUGGUCUAUACAGGCAUUGCCCUUUCUCAGGCCCUUUACUGGCAUCGCAAUGCUCGUUCCGUCACUCUAUUGCGAGGCGUCCUUGUCUCCGCGGUAUUCUCCAAAGCGACUGAACUGAGCACUACGGACACAGACGAUUCUGCGGCCGUGACACUCAUGUCUUCUGAUGUCGACGUUAUUGUGAGAGCUGUCAGAGAGAUCCACGAGUUCUGGGCAAAUAUCAUCCAGCUUGCCAUUGCCACUUGGCUUCUAAGCACUCACAUAGGUUACGCAGCGUCUGGUCCCAUUGUCAUCUCUCUCGUAGCCCUUACCGCUACCGUUCUCGUAUCACCAUUAGCACGCAAAUAUCAAAUUGGCUGGCUCGAAGAGACGCAGAAACGAGUUGGCGUUACUUCAGCCAUGAUCGGUCACAUUAAGAGCAUUAAAUCUUCCGGUCUGGCCCAAAAUCUCUCUGACGCCAUCCUCGGUCUACGAGCUGAUGAGAUCAGAGCGUCAAGACCUUUCAGAGUCGUUAGCAGUGUUACUUCUGCGAUUGCUCAAAUACCUCUAAUGAUGUCUCCUGUUGCUGCCUUUGCCCUGUUUCAGGGCGUUGCCUCGAGCUCUUCGAAGACACUUGACGCUACUAGAGUCUUUUCCGCGCUUUCACUCAUUGUGCUUCUAGCACAGCCACUCUUUUUCAUGUUUGAGGUUAUACUGGACAUGAGUGCUGCUUUAGGGGCGUUUGAGCGGAUUCAAAAAUUCUUGGUGCAGGAAUCUCGUCUUGACUUUCGCAAGGUGCGGUCUUCAUCAGACGUGGGAGUGUCUCAGCAAGGAGGGACAUCCUCAAUCGAGCUGCAGAUGCUUAGAAACUCCAUGGAUCCUUCUAUAGGAGAUCCUGACACUGGCGGUUUGACCAUGGAGGUCUCCCAUAUUGAUAUCUCUUGGUCAGAGGAGCGCCCUCUACUCCAUGAUUUGACAUUCAACGUCGGCCAUGGCCAGCUUGUUUUCCUUCUUGGUCCGGUCGCAGUGGGUAAAAGCACGUUAUUGAGAGCAAUCCUCGGGGAAGUCCCAUUGAAAGCUGGGACAAUCAGACUUCACGAUGAAAGUCGCGGUGGUGGUGUCGCCUGGUGCGAACAGAGCCCUUGGCUUCUGAACCAAACCAUACGUGAGAAUGUAAUUGGGUAUUCUCGUUUCGAUUCUGUCCUUUAUCAAAAGGUCAUCAAGGCUUGUGAUCUCGAGAAAGAUUUGGGUCAACUUCCACGAGGUGAUGACACAGUUAUUGGCAGUAAAGGUCUUGCCCUGAGCGGAGGUCAGAAACAACGAGUUGCUUUGGCUAGAGCCGUGUACUCACAGCCAAGAGUUGCCCUUCUUGACGACGUCUUCAGUGGCUUAGACCAUCAGACUUCUCAAACAGUGUUCGAGAAUCUUUUUGGCAAACAUGGCUUAUUCAGGCAAUGGAAGACAACCGUGAUUCUUGCCACUCAAUCAUCCAACUUUCUCAUUUCUGCCGAUCAUAUCAUUUGUCUAAGCAAAGAAGGGAGUAUCUCUGAACAAGGCUCGUUUCAGACUCUCAAGAAAUCCAACGGAUAUGUGGAAUCUUUGCUGGACGACAAGGCAAAAGAUGACAAGGCAAAACACUCUAACUCUGAGGUUUCGGGGAUGGAAGUCGAAGAGGACUCUAUCGAUGAGACUGGCCAGCCAGAACAUGAAACUCCACAGCAGCAGGAGGAGCCUAACGAUGUGCGUCGACAACGCGGUGACUCGACAGUUUACAGAUACUAUUUUAGUAGCACUGGUGUUCCUUUCAUGGUUACCCUCUUGGGACUCGAAAUCAUCUGGGCUUUUCUCGGAAGCUUUCCAACAAUCUGGCUUAAGUUUUGGACUGAUGAUAAUGAGAAAGGGAGCGACAGAGCUGGUUACUAUCUUGGAAUCUAUGCUGCAUUGCAAAUUAUUGGUGUCGUAUGGUUUGCUAUUCUCAUUUGGUUCGUCAUCGUCUUGGUAGCAGCAAAGUCGGGCAUUACUCUUCACAAGAGACUGCUGUCAACAGUCAUCAGGGCACCAUUAUCGCUUUUUACCACGACAGAUCUUGGUUCCAUCACAACGAGAUUCUCCCAGGAUAUAGGAAUGGUUGACAACCAUCUCCCCCUUGGACUUGUUGUGACUCUCGCCAGCUUCUUCGGUGCCAUUGCUAAAGCUGGCCUCCUUGCCGCUUCGACACCUUAUAUAGCAGCAACAUUCCCCCUUCUGGGAGCCGUCUACUUCUACCUCCAACGCGCCUACCUCCGGACCUCUCGUCAGCUCCGUCUCUUGGACCUUGAAGAGAAAGCCCCUCUGUAUACACAGUUCCUAGAGACUCUCUCAGGUCUAGCAACCAUACGGGCCUUUGGUUGGAGAUCCGCUGUUAUCGAGGCCAACCACACUCUCGUAGACCGCUCACAGAGGCCAUUUUAUCUCCUCAUGAUUGUACAGCGUUGGCUAGUUUUGGUUCUCGAUCUGACAACAACGGCUCUAGCUCUCCUCCUUGUUGGACUCGCUGUUCGUCUCCGCGGCGAAGUAGACGUUGGGUUGACUGGUGUAUCGCUCGUUCAGCUAAUCUCGUUGAGUGAGACUGUCAAUAUGCUAAUCCAGUUCUGGACAUCUAUUGAGACAUCUAUCGGCGCUGUCGCUCGUAUCAAACAGUUUGCUGAGGAUACUGGAGAAGAGAACUUGAUUGGCGAGACGCAAGAGCCUCCCUCACAGUGGCCAGAUAAGGGUGCUAUACAGAUCAGCAACUUGACGGCGUCGUAUGGAAAUGAUCAGGAAGAUGCCCAUAAGGCUCUUGAUGCUGUUUCUUUUGAGAUCAAGCCUGGGGAGAAGGUUGCUAUUUGUGGUCGCACAGGAAGUGGUAAAUCCUCUUUAUUCCUCGCUCUUCUGCGACUUCUCGACUCCCAAUCAGGCAGCAUUGCCAUAGACGACAUAUCUCUAUGUUCAUUGCCAAGGGAUACUGUCCGUCGCCGUCUCAUUACUCUUACGCAGGACCAGUUUAUUCUGCCUAGCACCGUUAGACACAACGCAGAUCCGCAGGGUGUCUUCUCUGAUGACGACAUCAACAGAGCGCUUCGUCUUGUUGACUUAUUCGAUGCUAUAGAGGAGCACGGUGGCCUGGAUGCUCCCUUUGACGAGGAUGUGUUGAGCCAUGGUCAGAAGCAGCUCUUCUUUCUGGCGCGGGCAGUUUUGAGAAAGCGUGAUGGAAAGGUUGUUCUCCUAGACGAAGUUACAAGCAGGCAAGUAGACGACCAAGUCAAGAAUUUGAGGGCUUAA